AAAAAAUCGUGUCGACGACUUUACAGUCAGGGUUCGACGAUCGCUUCACGGAUGAAGCGACGUGACAAGUCGUUCUGACAGCUAUUUUGGCGACACAUCGAUCGCUCUAACGGAUCCAGAAUGGAUCGAGAUGAUCGAUAAGACGAUCCACGAGAAAGACCCAUCGGAUCUCGUACGUAAUGACACGCGCUCGACUUUUAUCUCUACUUGUAUUUAAGCGGUAUAAAAAAGUCUCGCGUUACUCUCCUAUCUUAAAUCGACCGAUACUCGAUUCUUUAAUUAGGCGAUCCGCGUAGUCUUAUGAGAACGAAACAAAGAGACAAAAAGGGUAAGUUUGUGAGAAGAGAGAGAGAGAGAGAGAAGGACUGUGUUAUACUCCGAACCAUCGAUCUACGCGUGUCUUAUUCACGGCAAUCUGUAUGAGAAUCCGCGACCUUGUGAGGGGGCACUGGCCCUGAUGUAAAUUAUAAUUUCUCGCAAAGGCUUAUCUCUAUUCCGCUUCGGCAGCAGCAGUGGUACGAUGGAUUCAAACGAUAGAAGUCAAAUUCUUCGAACAUUAUUUUCAAAAAAAAAAAUAUCUACUAAAAUCGAGGAUACUUUAUUCGCGAAGCUGGCAAAAGUUUUGCUUGAUCUUUAUAUCCUUAUUUAUCACUUAAGAGGAAUGCCCUUUUCUAAGGACCAGGUCCAUCCUUACAAGUGCAACGUACCAUUCGGGUAUAUUUCAGCUUCCCAACCGGUUUGCACGUUUCGGGAGAGAAUAGCUCGAGAUUCUGAAGUGGCGCCAGCGCACAAAUUCUUCUACCUAAUUUUGUGCACGCACGCGAAGCCAUUUACAUUCGACGACGCAAAAGUCCGUACGUACAUGCCAAAAGCAAAUCCAAGCUGCUUCAAGACAUAAUAAUAGUGGAAAACAUUCGCAGGAGAACAUUGAUCUUCGUCGGACUACGAUCCAUUAUGUUCCUACAACGUUAAUGAAUAUUUAAACGACACUUUUUCUUUCAACGAAAAUUCAAAUGACACCUUUCGGUCGUUGGAAUAUUCAUUAGAAACUCGACGAAUAUCGUUAGUCCAUCGAGAAAUAUUACGACGACAAAAAUGUAAUCUAUUCGAAGACGAAUUAGACGAAGACGAAUGCCAAUUUGGAAUUUACAUCUUUCGACUUUCGACGCGAUUUCAUUUUUUCGUUAGAAACGGUAACUCUAUUUCUCGCCAUGAACGAUAUAUUAAAGAAGAGGAAAAUUCUUCGACUUUGACAAGUUGAAAGACGAAACGGCCGCGAUCCAUUAUCCGCGAGGAACGCUUAGAAUCGAAAGAGAUUUGUACAUAUGUAUAUCCGCAUGUGACCCUUUCGCUCUUCGUCCGCCUUCCCGAAGGAUCCGUGUCUCUCAAGAAACGCUAAAAGAACAAGAGAAUAUAACGAAAUCUCGUGGUAGAACCUGCUGAGACUAGAGAGCAAGAGCGAGCCGACAGUCGAUGGAAGGGCGAACCCGUUAUAAGCCCCGAGUCCGCGUCUAUCGGGCAGGUUGGCAGCUUAACGCCGGUCCUGAACCUUCUCUACUCGGCGAGCUCAGCCAGAGACGCGAAUCCACGCGAGGACGAGCAGUCGUUUCGUUCGUACCUUUGCGACAGCUACGAAAGCGCGCGUACGAUCGUUCGAAUCGAACGCUCCAUAAUAAAAUUUGCGGCAUGCAGCGAGAACGGGCAGUACCUCCGCUGUUUGCAACAGUACUCGUGUCUCUGGCGUUCCUGGGAAUCACGAGUGUUUCGGCCGAAACUACGUCUAACGUUCGACCGGCUUCUAGAUCCUUAGUCUUCGAUCGUCAGGACAACGAGUUGUAUCGAGAAGAGGACGACGCGAUCGUCGUUGAAGCCGCGAUAGAAGGAGAUCCUUCGUCGUUAUCGAGAGACGGCCGAAGUAUCCUAUGGAGCGGAUCAGCGGAACGCGAUACCUGUCUUACGUCUAAAGGCGAGAUCGGACGAUGCACUACUUUCAAAGAAUGUUACCCUUACUUCAAGAUACCCGAUCUCGGCGCUCUCGACGGUUGGGUUCUCGGAGUUUACGAUACUUGCAGCUUCGUUCUCGAGGACGGCCGCACGAGCUUCGGAAUCUGUUGCUCCAACUUGAAUCCUAUCGCGACACCCGGCGUGGAGAAUUGCGACGGUCAGAACGCGAACGAUCAACAGAUAGAAGAUGCUAAAACCAAGGAAGAUGGAGAGGCAGCGGAAGCGGGAACAGGAACGAAUCCAAAGCCGAAACCGACGGCCAGUUGGCCACCGCCGAUACCGACUCAUCCGCCGGAUCACACGAUCCCACCUUUGCCCACCCAUCCGCCGUAUCCCGGAUUGAUUUCGUUGUCCACCUCGAAACCCUCUACAACGAGUUCAAAGAAACCUGGCGUGCCGACGACGUGGCCGACGAAGAAACCAACUUGGUGGCCAGGCGCGCCGACUAUCUCGACAACGAACAAACCUAGUUCGACGACUUCCUCGCCCAUAGACUUGUCUCAGUGCGGAGCCAAGAACGGUAACCAAGAUCAAGAACGCAUCGUCGGUGGUCAGAACGCAGAUCCUGGAGAAUGGCCAUGGAUCUCUGCGCUGUUCAACGCUGGACGUCAAUUCUGCGGCGGAUCUUUGAUAGAUAACAAACACGUUCUUACUGCUGCUCAUUGCGUCGUUAACAUGAACUCCUGGGACGUGGCGAGAUUAACGGUCCGCCUUGGAGAUUACAAUAUAAAGACGAACAGCGAGAUACGUCACGUUGAAAGACGCGUAAAGCGAGUAGUAAGACACAGAGGUUUUAACUCGCGUACUCUUUACAACGACGUAGCCAUUCUUACGUUGAGCGAGCCGGUUGAAUUUACGGAACAAAUUCGACCCAUUUGUUUGCCGAGCGGUUCGAAGCUCUACGUCGGGAUGACCGCGACUGUCAUUGGUUGGGGCUCCUUGAGAGAAAGUGGUCCACAACCAGCGAUACUUCAAGAAGUUUCGAUCCCAGUUUGGUCAAAUAGCGAGUGUAAAUUUAAAUACGGUUCUGCGGCGCCAGGUGGUAUAGUCGACAGUUUCUUGUGCGCUGGACGGGCCGCUAUGGACUCCUGCUCGGGUGACAGCGGUGGUCCAUUAAUGGUCAAUGACGGUCGUUGGACUCAAGUAGGUAUCGUAAGUUGGGGGAUCGGUUGUGGAAAAGGACAGUAUCCUGGCGUUUACACGAGAGUAACGCAUUUCCUACCUUGGAUCUACAAGAAUCUUAAAUAGGUUACAAGUCAUAAGUGAUCUUUGAACCCUCGUUUCGUUUCAAUAGAAUAAGAUACCGAUGGUAAGACCGUUGAGGAACGAAUUUAAAAACGCUAAGCUCAUUCUCCUACCUUUAAAUACGAAUGACUUUCUAUCAAGAAAGAAAGUUAAGAGAAAACACAAAAUAUGACGUAUAUUCCAUUUCAUUUCGUAAAUUCCCAUCGCGACAUUUAUCUCGCGCAUAUUUUACGUAUUCUCUUACGGACGCUUAUAGAUACUUAUGUAGAUCGUACUCGUCGGUUGUACGUGGCAAUAAGAUAUUUUAUAAUGCUCUACAUACACUAGUAUAUAAAAAUAAAAAUAAAACUAUACAUAUCGUGUAACAAUUACCAUCUA